UUAGUCGCCUUAGACUUUAAAAUAGAUUCUAGAAUUAGAUCUAGAAUCAAGUCUAGAUUAUAGACUAGAUACUAAGACUAAGAUUUAAGAUAGGAUCAUAGAUCUACUUAGUCUACUAUCUAGAAUGAUCCAGAUCUACUAUCAUCUAGUUGAUCUAGUCUAGUGUAGUGAGUUUCUUACAUCAUUUCAAAGAAAUGUAGCCUCUAUUUGAUUUUGAGCAAGUAGAAAUAUCAAAAUUAAAGACAGCAAUGGAAUCUGAUGAUGGUAAAUCAAGUAGUCUUUCUAGUCUCUUUUCCUAUUCCAAUCUGGUACAUGCAGUUUCUGGCGCAACGGGCAGUGUGAUUGCAAUUUCUGUUUUUUAUCCACUGGAUACAGUCAGGACAAGAUUACAGGUUGAUGAUCAUAGACAUGCCAAAAACACAUUUUUAGUUUUAAAAGAGAUUCUGAAAGAGGAAGGCCUCCCUGGGCUUUAUAGAGGAUGGCUGUCCAUGGCUUCCACUAUGUUCAUUUCCAGUUAUGUCUAUUUCUACACCUAUGCCAGCUUUCAGUAUUGCCAGCACUCCCUGUUAGGGCAUGGUUCCAAGGACAAGCAAUCCCCAACCAUGUUAUUUGAUCUUCUUUUUGCUUUUCUGGCAGGAGUUGUGAAUGUUUUAGUAACUACACCACUUUGGGUGGUAAAUACAAGGCUCAAACUCCAAGGAGCCAAUCUACACACAGCCCAUUUUAAUAAGAAGCAUGGUGCUUUCAAGUCACCCAGAAAACAUUAUAAUGGAAUUAUUGAUUGUAUUUUGAAGAUAAUAAGUGCAGAAGGUGUGGGGAAACUGUGGGGUGGUACAGUUCCUUCCAUUUUGUUAGCCACCAAUCCAGCAAUACAGUUUAUGAUAUAUGAAGCUUUGAAACGGUAUUUUAAACGUUACAUGGAUGUAACAGAACUAAGUGGAUUGAUGUAUUUUAUACUUGGUGCUGUGGCUAAAACUGCUGCUACUGUGAUAACCUACCCACUUCAAGUGAUACAAAGCAGACUGAGGGCUGGCUUUGCUAAGGAGGAAAAUACUCAAAGUUUAAAGCAAAACAUUUUACAUCUGAUCAGGACCAGAGGAGUGGGAUCACUGUACAAGGGACUGGAAGCAAAGUUAUUACAGACAGUUUUAACUGCAGCUCUUAUGUUUGCUAUUUAUGAAAAAAUUGCUGCUUUUAUUUUUAAAAUUAUGGGCUUGCAAUGAUGUUGCUGAAGAAUACUAGAUGUAACUGAUAAGAUCAGAUAAUUUUUAUUGAUCCAAUCUAAUGGAAAUUCAGUUUGACUACAAUUGACAAGCUCAGUGAAACUACUGUACAAAAACAAUAUUGAUUAAAAAUUCAAUAGUAUUAUACAGCUUAAUGCAAAUUGUGUUAGAUUUGUUUGUUUUUUUUGAGAUGAAGAAAACAGUCAUUAUGUUUAAAAGAAUUCUUUUCUGUUAAAUUGCUUAGUGUCCUAAUCAACUUUAUUGUCAAGAAUAUAGAAAAGUGUAUUAUAUAUUGAAACCAAAUAUACAUCAAAUAUAAUUUUGUCAUGAAGUUAUUUAAACUUGAUUUAUAACACACAUUCGAUAAUAAUGACUGGCCGCUGGCGAGAAAUUAUGGUGAUGUGUUGCUUAUGCAAAUUUAGUCAUUUUAAAAAAUAUACUGGUAUUUAAGAAAAAAAAAUAUCUAGUAAUUAAAAAAUUUAAUGGUAAUUAAAAACAUUUGUUAGUAUCAAAUAUAUGCUUGAAUGUGAUGACCUAAAACAAUUUGUUUCUGUUAAUUUGACUUUAGUCCCUAUAGUAAUACAUUUAGUCUGCAGAUUAUUCUUGUAAAAGAAGCCAUUUACUAUAAAACUUUAUUUGUAUUUAAAAAUAUUACAUUUUUAGCCAAUUAAAUUGUAAAAUUAUAUCAUUUUUGAAUUCCAGCAUUAAAUUUCAUGUACUAUUCAA